CAGCCCUUCUGCCUUCCCCAAUCACCCAGUCAGAGAUCCCCGUCGCCUCGGCACGACCCACGCCGCCCACGCCCACGCUGCCCAGUGUGCCAUCGCGCUUGCAGGGACCGGGUGAGGUCGCCUGCACCGGAGUUGGUCGAGCUCACACUGGCCCUUGCGCUCACACUGCUGUCUCCGUUUCAUCCCCGCGAGAUCUGACUCUUGCGCUCACCCUGCCCCCAUCCCCUUCGCGCCCCGAUCCACCCGCUAAAGAGCGGCCUCCGAAAUCCGCCGGCGAUGGUCGUGUGCAAAUGCCGAAAGGCGACGAGGGUUUACUGCUUCGUCCACCAGGUCCCCGUCUGUGGCGUGUGCAUAUGCUUUCCGGAGCAUCAGCUAUGCGUGGUGAAAAACUAUGCUGAAUGGGUUGUUAAUUCUGAGUAUGACUGGCCACAACAUUGUUCAUCUUGCAAUUCAGUACUCGAAGGUGGAACUGAAGAAACAACACGACUUGGUUGCUUGCAUGUGGUGCACACGAAAUGCUUGAUAUCGCAUAUCCAAAAUUUUCCUUCCCAAACAGCACCAGCUGGAUAUGUCUGCCCUUCCUGUUCUGCACCUAUAUGGCCACCUUCAAGCAUUAAAGAUACAGGUUCGCGCCUUCACACUAAACUGAAAGAAGCGAUAGUCCAGACUGGAUUGGAGACAAAUGUAUUUGGAAAUCAUUAUGUGACAAUAGCUAAAGCUGAUACUCGGACACCUGCUUUUGCAUCAGAUCCUCUAAAAAAUUUAUCCAGUACUGAUGAUAGAGAAUCUAAUAAUGCAAAUUCAGCUAAAGAUGCAGCUUUGCCAUCAACAUUACAUUCUGGAAUGUACUCUUCUGCUGUAGGAUCUGGGACAACUAUUCAUGUUGAACCAGAAAUUGUUGAAAUAGAGGGUCCUAGUCCUGUAUUGCCCCAAAUUUCAGAACAGGAGUCCAAUUUGAUAAGAAGUCCGAGCCCACAUGGGCCUGGUGCCAUGACAAGAAAAGGUGCUACUACUGUUGACAGACAAAAUUCUGAGAUUUCUUAUUAUGCUGAUGAUGAAGAUGGAAAUCGCAAAAAGUAUACUAAAAGGGGUGAACAGAAUUCAAGGAAUGAACAAAGAUGCAAAAUAUAUUCAUGUACAUUUCGUCACAAAUUUCUAAGGAUGCUACUGCCUUUCUGGUCUAGUGCACUGCCAACGCUACCAGUCACAGCACCAUCAAAAAAAGAUAGUGAUGCUCCAGAGGGGAGUCGACCACGCCAUCAGAGAUCAUCAAGAAUGGACCCCACUAAGAUCUUACUUGCAAUGGCUAUCCUGGCAUGUAUACUAACGAUGGGAAUACUCUAUUACCGGUUGUCGCAGCGAGGUCUUUCUGAAAACUUCCUUGAGGAUGCUCAGUAAUCUUGCCUUCCUGUAUUGCGUUGUUGCUGAUUCAAAGGGUUUUACCCUCCCUGUAUUUUUUUUUCGUUUACCCGUUCUGGGACUUUUGGUGGUUUGAAGGUGGGGUAGUGGUUAGUUACAUAAGAGUUAUAUAGUAGACUGUUUCUAUGUUCUGAUUCUUGCGCAUGUUUAUGUGACUACUAUAAUGGUAUACAAUAUUGUACUAUCCACAUGAAAAAUCAUAGAAAAACCCCUCGACACCGGGUUAGCUCAUCUAACGUAGCAAUUUCUAUUUUC